AAUUGGCAACAACAGCUGCCAAUCAGAGCCCAGCAACCAGCGUCCGGUUUCCUCAGCGAGCUCGGCAAGCAAGGGGCGGUGGGGGGUCAAAGAUACACAGAGAAACGGGCUGCUGGUGGCGAAGAUGGCGGAUGGGGACAGUGGCAGUGAGCGCGGUGGUGGAGGCAGCAGCAGCGGCGGAGGGGGAGGAGGAGGAGGCGGUGGCGGAUUUCAGCAAUACCAGCGGGAAGUGGAGACCCAGGAACUGGCGUCGAAGCGGCUGGACAUUCAAAACAAACGCUUCUACCUUGAUGUAAAGCAGAACGCCAAAGGCCGGUUCAUCAAAAUCGCCGAGGUUGGCGCUGGGGGCUCCAAAAGUCGGCUGACACUCUCUAUGUCAGUUGCGGCAGAGUUCCGCGACUACCUGGGGGAUUUCAUAGAGCACUACGCCCAGCUUGGGCCUAGCACCCCGGAGCAGAUCGCUCAAUCAUCCGGUGGGGAUGACAGCGGGCCUAGACGAGCCCUUAAGAGCGAGUUCUUGGUGCGUGAGAACCGAAAAUACUACCUCGACCUGAAGGAGAACCAGCGGGGUCGGUUUCUCCGGAUACGGCAGACCGUCAACCGAGGCCCCGGUUUCGGAGUUGGAGUGGGUGGCAUCCCCGGGGCUGGCCUGCAGGCCGGACAAACCAUUGCACUACCGGCUCAAGGCUUAAUAGAGUUUCGUGACGCUUUGGCCAAGUUGAUAGACGACUACGGGGGAGAUGAGGAGGAGCUGGCCGGUGGUGGAGGGGCCGGGGGCUACAGCGAGCUUCCGGAGGGCACAUCGAUCAUGGUGGACUCCAAGCGGUUCUUCUUUGACGUUGGGUCCAACAAGUACGGAGUUUUCUUACGGGUGAGCGAAGUGAAGCCCAGUUACAGAAACUCUAUAACAAUCCCCUUGAAGGCGUGGAGCAAGUUCGGAGGAGCGUUCAGCCGCUACGCCGAGGAAAUGAAAGAGAUCCAGGAGCGGCACCGGGAUAAGAUGUACGAGAGGAGAGCCGGAGAGGAGUCGGAGGGCGACGACGUAGAUGACGAUUGAUGGAGAAGUGGUUACAUGUGAUGAAGCUGACAACAUGAUGCAAAGCUUGGCGUUAAACAGAGAGAGAUGAACGACUAUUCUGUGCAUGACGAAUCGAACUUUAAAAAGCUAAAACAAUUGAGUAAAAUUAAAAAAAAAAAAUGUAUAUUUGACUGAUAAAUCACUGUCUACAUAAGGAAUCAUGUCCUAAAGUUUAGGUCGAUGUUAUAGCUAAAUGAGUGCGAACUGCAGUAGUCAGCUCCUGUAUGAGAUUCGCAAUUGAUAUAAAAAAGAGAUAUAUCUAUAUACAUCUAUAUAAAUAUAUAUAGAGAUUUUUUUAUUUGAUAACCUCCCUUUUAGCCCAACUAAUUAAGUUUGACAGUGCUUAAGAUAGGUUACCAGUCCCACUUCCUGCUUGAUAGCCCUGCAGAGCUCACCUGGUGCUGACCUGCAGUCUGUGUUAUGAUAAUAAGGAUAAUUGUGAAACGUUUCAAAUACUCAUACCUACAGGUGCAGAGUGGAAGUGAGACCGAGCACCUGCAUCACUCACCAUGGCUGUGUGUUUUUGUCUAUAAUGACCUGUAAUGAACAGCUUGCCCACAGACCCACAACAAGAGUCAGCUAUAGGGGGCAUCCUUGGCAUCUCAGGACAUCCACUCAGCUCAGCGAGGUGCCAUAAGAUGAUCUUUACAAGCACAUGACUCAUUUGGAUUCUCCGGACAAUCCAAACGAGUUCAAAUGACCUCUCCCUCUCUCCUUCCUGGGCAUCCUUUAGGUGCUAACCACCUGCUCCGAUAGCUGAAACGUGGUCUCCUCACACGUGGCUUGUUUUGUCUCAGGGCUGGCUGGUCCAAUCUGUACUUUUGGGUAUAUCAGCAUUACCUGUGCCUGUGCAUCAUCUUUAAGAGGUUCUGGGUGCAGAUCUGGUCAAACAUGUCUCCUAUGAUGCAGUCCCCCUUUACCUUUUUUGUCAAAGGGGACGGUGCGAGCUCAGGCCUCUAGCACUGGUCACGAUUUUUCGAGUUAAAGUUAAUGUUGCUGAUCUUAAGAUAUGGUCUUAAGGGAAUUGACCUUGUUGACUUAUUUAGGGUGCAUUAAGAAAAAAAAUAUACUGGAAAAGAUUUACUUACUAAAAAGAUCAAUUAUAGAUAGAAGUUAUUUUUCAAAAGAGAUAUAUUGAAAUGUAUUCAAAAUAUGAGACAUCUAUUAGAUAAUGCUGCCUAAAGUGGCUUAUUUAAAACACUAAACUUGGAUGCAACUGUCCAAGGUGAUAUUUCAUACCUGCUUUUUCCCUAACAUUUCUGUUGUUCCUUAGAGGAAAUGAAGAAGAUUACAACAAAUUGAUAACACUAUGUUAUAGCAAUUUUUAGAAACGACUUCAUUGAAGAAGUUUGUCAUCAAACACUCAGCACUCCAGUUCACUUUACAUAGCAUCAAGUUGUCUCCUCGUUUCAGUUCACCCGUUACCAUUUUUGUCACAAAUUGGCUUUCCAUUCGUUACCAUACGACACACAAACAACUGCAAUCAACAUUUUGUCUUUAGUGCUCCUUUUGAAAAAAAAAAAUGAAUUUUUGCAUGCCUGCUCUUACGCGGAGCUGCCUUGUGUUCUUUUGUUUUGCAUAUUCUGAUUGCUGUAUGAUAUACAGGUAUUUAUCCAUUUUUGAGAGCGGUUUCAAGUUUUAUUUCUUGCAUUAGAAAAGGCUGAAAGUUUACUUCUCAGCCUAAUAAAAAAAAAGAAGCCACAAAGUUCCCAUGCUUUGAGGAAUGUCACUUUCAUUGUCCCAUUCCCUUUGGUGUGUAAACCUCUCGUUGAAUUUUACUUUACCCAUUUACACAGCAGAAAAAUGCCAUAUGAAAAAAAUAAACCCAUAGGAGCAAUAGUUUUAUUUUAUUUUCUAUUGAUAUAAAUAUACUAUAUAUAAUAUUACACAUGAGAUUGAUCUACAUCCUUCUUCUUGUACUGUGUUACGUGAAAUGGCAGCUGUUUCAGUUAUGUGUGUUCUGCUGUAAUAUACAAAGUUCCUUUCAACAAGAAAUAAAAAAAGGAUUUUGCUCAGGA